GAAACACAGCAACAGCGUCAGUAGUGCGCAAGUGAGUGCAAGCUGCGGGAUCAGUGAGAGGAACGAGCUGUUCGUACGUGUUCAGUCUGAUUUACUCGAUCAAAUUUCAACCAAACUCUCGACCCCUUCUUAAGAUAACUUGAUCAAUGCCGCCAAAGUGCAAAUCACAGUCUUGAUCGCAGAGCGUACAACAUUAAACUGCAUUGCUGAUACGCGCCACUGAUGGCGAUAGCUGAGUUCGCAGAUAGCAGCAAAUGGUGGAACGUAGUUACAGAGAUAAAAAGGAAUUGGAUUACAAUCAGAUUAUUAGAUAAAGCAAUCGAUAGAAUAGUUUUAUCGCAAUCUGGCCAUAGGGGAUAACACUUAACACGACAGCAUAACACGAUAACGUUAGGAAAGUGCACAAGCAGACGCAUGGCAUCUGCUGUAGUGAGUUGCAUUUGUAGAGAAAUAGCUGAAUAUCGUGUUACACACGACACACCAGAGGAAUGUCUUAACUAUGAGGUAAACCGACUACGAACAUUUCCGUUGUGGACAGUUCCUUACAUCUACCCAGAGGAACUAGCUCGUUGGGGCUUCUUCUACACCGGGUACCGGGAUUGUGUGCGCUGCUACUUUUGCCGCAUCGAGCUUGGAGGAUGGGACGAGCACGACGUCGUGAUAGAGGAACACUUGAAAUGGUCACCCCACUGCAGACUGAUGACCAAACGGCCAACAAACAAUGUGCCUAUUGAUCCAGACUUUCUCGAUCAGUUAGGGGAGAUCGUGCCCGAUACAACGGGCACAGGAAGCACGAGUGCAAGGUCCGCGGCAGCAACAACAGCGGUGGCGGUGGCGGUGGAAUCGAAUAGGCUCAAUCGCCAGAACGAACUGGAAAGGCAGUCACAAAGGACGCAAAAUGAUACGAUACCCUUCUAUAGACAGAAGUACCCGGAGUACCGAAUAGGGGGCGAUCGGCUAGCGACCUUUAAGGAGUGGCCCAAAUCAAUACCACAAACACCCACGCAGAUGGCUGAUGCGGGAUUUUUCUACACCGGCAAGAGUGAUGUGGUGGCGUGCUAUUACUGCGGUGGCAACCUGCGGGACUGGCUGGCCGAGGAUGACCCGUGGGUGGAGCAUGUGAGGAACUUUAGCGAAUGCCCGUACGUGAAGCUAGUGAAGACGCCCGAGUUCAUUGCGGAAUGCCGGGGAGAGAAGGUCACAAACAGUGCGCUCACAGCCGGUCCGGAGCAUUCUGGACAUGGUAAUGUGAGCAAGGAUAAAGAGCAGGACGAAGUGUCGGAUGAAAAGUGUUGCAAAAUUUGUUUCACUCGACCAUUUGAUACGGUUUUCAUUCCGUGCGGACACGUCGUGGCAUGUGGCAAGUGUGCCGCCUCUACUACCAAGUGUCCGAUGUGCAAUGAGUCGUAUACUAGUGUUCAACGCAUAUUCCUUUCUUAGAGGAUGUAGGAUUUUGCAACUUAUCCUAACAGGUCGUGCGACACUUGUACUGUUUGUAGUGAGUCAAUAUCAUGAGUUCCGUAGUAGCGGAACAUAUGUUUAAUUGAAUCAUGAGGAAACGUUCAUGUGUCGAGUGGUCUUGAGUUAAAUCGCCAAAUCCUUUAUUAUUUUAGAUUUUUAUUUGUUUUGCGUUAGUUGCCGUUUCGCUAAUAUCAUUUGUAAGUAUUCCUGAGGUAUUUGGUUUUGUGAUAAAUCGAAUGUUCUAGUUGAAAUCAACUGAUUCUUUUCAGUGUCCCGAGUAUAACUAGAGCCUCGCGAAUCUGAUACACUGAGACUGACGGGUCGAGUACGGGCUUUGAACGACGAAAACGGCGCUCCACUGCGAUCGAUCCCAUGAUCAAGGGACACUUUUACGAUUAUCAUGCCGUGUGUUUUAUCAUUGCUGUGGCAUACUGCUUAAAAGUGUUGACGAUACUUGGUAUUACAGAACACAAUUCCAUGUCUGGGGCGUGUGCCAUUCUCGGGUUCACGGGUUGACAAAUGGCGAAUGUAUGUCGCAUUCAUGGACUAAUGUUCCGCAGUUCCGUCUAUCAUCACCGUUUUCAAACAUCGUGCCGCAGUCAUGGAAUUGACUCAUAACGCAUUGACUCAUCAGCAGUGUCCCGCGAUCUGGAGACGAAUUUGAACAUCAUGUAGGGAGCCAAGCAAUAUAUAAAUAACUAGCUGGCCCGACAAACUGAGUCAUUCCAAAAACAUUCAUUCCAAACUAAAAUAUUCCAUUAUUGCUUUGUUACUUGGGAUAGUUGUAUCGUGCCCGUAUCCCCUCAGGAUUAGAUCAUCAAGUGUAAACCGUCAGGCACCUUACCCCAAAUGUUAAAGUUCUGUAUACAACACAACAACAAUCCUGCUCUUUGUAUGGGAGUUAGAAAAUCAUUAUUAAAUUAAAUUUAGUGUAACAUCUGAACGAUUUUUAAGUCUUAAAACCUAUUCUCAUACCACCAUAAGCUGUGUGUGUGCAAAGUUUCGUUGAAAAUGAUCCAGCCGUUUCGGAGGUUGCUCGCAACAAACACCGUGACACGAGAUUUUUAUAUAUAAAUACAGUAGAACGUCGAUUAUCUGGGCAGCUCGGGACCGGGCGGAUGUCGGUUAAUCGAUUUCCACGGAUAAUGGUCAAAGAAAUUUUAAAUUCAUGUAAAUGUUUUAAAAUUCACUGGUUUUACUAGAAAUUUACAUCAAAAUAAUCGAUUAAUCACUAGCAGAAUAUUUUUUGAAUCAAUAACAAUAGAUUUAAAAUUGUCUUUUAUCAAAAAUGAAGUUUUAAAAUAUCACUAGACACUAAAUUGCUGCAUAACAAAUGUUUUUGCUAUCCGGAUCAUCGCAGAACAUGUUCACCAACUGUCAAAUUCAUGGGCACGAUUAAGCCGCCCACUGGUUAAUCCGUCCCCGAAAAAUAGACGUUCUUCUGUAAUAUAGAUUCGUAUAAAAUUUUUUGUAACGUAAUACGUAUGUAAUAAUACAACAAAAAUAAAAUAUGUCAGUUCAGCAUAAACUUUAAAUAUUACGGGGGUUUUCAGGGGUUCUCAUACUUCUGGGACACUUUCAUGACUCUUUCAUAUACGAAGUGAACUUUAGGUGUUGGGAAGUGGACUAUAUUGCAAUCUAGUUGGACAAGUACAAUCAGAAUUUACAAUAAUUUUGUCAUGCUCUCUCUCUCUCUCUCUCUCUCCGGUGUAUUAUUUUAAACCUUCCGGAAUUACUCCUGUAAUGUAACAGGGUCUUACAACGUUUUCAAGUCCAGCUAAACAGCUCAAUGUUAGCAAACAAUGUAAACAAUGCAAACAAAUUCUGAUUUGCUUUCUGAUUGAACAAUGCUCAUUCGCUUUUCCCAAUAUUAUCGUACGUUUAUAUUACCGAGAGUUCGAUUCUUUGAUAUUCAUUUUGUUGAAAUUAAAUUGUUUGGAUCUUCAUUUUAAUUGAUUUUUUUUCUAAUUUAAUAGUUGAUUAUGAACUUUAAAGGAUUCAAGAUAAAUUAAAGACAAAUAAAGUCUAACUAAUUUUGUAACUGAAGGCACUAACAAAAGUCUGAAACUCCAUACAGCAAACAGGAUCGAAAAUUUGCUUGGCGUCAAUAUUUCAGUUAGACGUCACAUGUUUACUUAUAGUCGAACAAUCUUUAAAAGCAGCUUAACAUUGUAUAUUAUGCUCGAAAACGGUGUAACAGCACAAUCUAGGACAGUAUCACAAUCUCAAUCAAUGACGGCGAGAAAGUAAUAAUAAACAAG